AUGCGUCGAACUCCUCGGCGGGGAGUGGCCGCUCUAGGCAGCGGGGAGGUCGCGGGGUGGGGGAGCUGGGAAACCAGUGCGACCUUUCCUCUAUGGUCGGAGCCCCGGGCACCUUCUCUGGCGUCUUAGGUUACUUCCGGAAGUGAAGCUGCCACCUCCUCUACUUCCGCGGGGUCCAGCCUGGGGCAGCGGACGGGUGGGCCCCGGCUUGAGCGCAGUGGCAGUAAAUCACGGGUGCAAAAGUUCAGGCAGCAAGUCAACAUCCAGUGAGCUACUAGCUACCUUUGUCCUAGUGAUUUCUGACCUCAUCCAGAAAGAAGAUCUAUUUGGAGGCAGAAAAACACAAGGUUCUGUAUGCUAAGAGCCUGGAAAUGCUUCUCUUGUAAAGGCUUCUCUUAAUGAAAGCCAGUUUUUGCCACCUGCCAGACGUGCACAUUUAACGAUGCUUUACAGCAGUUUUCUAAGUCUGAAAUUUUCUAUGCCUGUGAAUCCCACAAUUUGCUAAGAGAUGGAGGAGUCUCAGCAACAUGACCUGAACACGAUGACCCUUGAGAAAGAUGAUCCCCUCGAGAGCACCAACCCUCAGAUUUCUGUUAGUGAAUUUUCUUGCCACUGCUGUUACGACAUCCUGAUUAACCCCACCACCUUGAACUGUGGGCACAGCUUCUGCCGGCACUGCCUAGCUUUAUGGUGGACCUCUUCAAAAAAAACAGAGUGUCCAGAAUGCAGAGAAAAAUGGGAAGGUUUCCCCAAAGUCAAUAUUCUCCUCAGGGAUGCCAUUGAAAAGUUAUUUCCUGAUGCCGUUAGGAUGCGAUUGGAAGACGUUCAGCAGAAUAAUGACAUAGUCCAGAGCCUUGCAGCCUUUCAGAAAUAUGGGAAUGAUCAGAUUUCUUUAGCUCCCAACGCAGGCCGAGUGAAUCAGCAGAGAGGAGGGGGAUUCUUUUCAGGAGUGCUCUCAGCUUUAACUGGUGUGGCAGUGGUCCUGCUCGUGUAUCACUGGAGCAGCAGGGAAUCUGAGCAUGACCUCCUGGUCCACAAGGCUGUGGCCAAAUGGACAGCGGAAGAAGUUGUCCUCUGGCUGGAGCAGCUGGGCCCUUGGGCCUCUCUCUACAGAGACAGGUUUUUAGCUGAAAGAGUAAAUGGAAGAUUGCUUUUAACUUUAACAGAGGAAGAAUUUUCAAGGGCACCGUAUACCAUAGAAAACAGCAGCCACAGAAGGGCCAUCCUCAUGGAAUUGGAGCGUGUCAAAGCACUAGGCGUGAAGCCCCCCCAAAAUCUCUGGGAAUAUAAGGCUGUGAACCCAGGCAGGUCCCUGUUCCUGCUGUAUGCCCUCAGGAGUUCCCCCAGACUUGGUCUGCUGUACCUCUACCUGUUUGACUACACAGACACCUUCCUACCCUUCAUCCACACUAUCUGUCCUCUGCAAGAAGACAGCUCUGAGGAGGACAUCUUCACCAAACUUCUGGAUCUUAGAGAGCCCACAUGGAAGCAGUGGAGAGAAUUCCUUGUCAAAUACUCCUUCCUUCCGUACCAGCUGAUUGCUGAAUUUGCUUGGGACUGGCUGGAAGUCCAUUAUUGGACAUCUCGGUUUCUCAUCGUCAAUGCCAUGUUACUGUCAGUUCUGGAAUUAUUCUCCUUUUGGAGGAUCUGGUCAAGAAGUGAACUGAAGACUGUGCCUCAGAGGAUGUGGAGCCAUUUUUGGAAAGUAUCAACACAGGGGCUUUUUGUGGCCAUGUUCUGGCCCCUCAUUCCUCAGUUUGUUUGCAACUGUUUAUUUUACUGGGCCCUGUACUUUAACCCAAUUAUUAACAUUGAUCUUGUGGUCAAGGAAGUCCGACGGCUGGAAACCCAAGUUUUUUGAGUGGCACUGCCCACGUCUGAGGGACUCCUCCAGCCUCCCUGACGUCUGAGCUUUGAUGCUUGAGUGAAGAGGGGUUGGGAGCGCA